CAUGUCUAAAUCAAUUAUGUAGGAUACUAAAACUUCAUAUGAUGCUCCUCCUUUGGAUUUCUCCAAUCUGAAUAUCAAAACAUUGGCUGAUUUAAAACAUGCUAUACCAAAACAAGGAAAACGUAAACAAGCUCCUAUGGAUGAAUAAAAGGAAGAUAAAAAGAAAGAAAAGCAACAACAAUAAUAAUAAGAAAAUGAAAAUAUUUAAGUGUAACAGAAUCAAUAACAGGAAUAAGAAGAUGAAGAUAAGUUAGAGGGUGAUGAGAAAGAAAAAGAAAAACGGGAGUUGUAGAGAUAAAAGGAAGAAAAAUUGACACCAGUAAUUGUACGUACAAUAGGAUAACCUGUUUAAUAAUCAACUAAUGUAUAUAAACCAACAAUUGAUGAAAAAAAAUAAACAAAGAAAUAAUUUUAAGUUCAAUUAAUUCAAUGUUCAUUGAUCUUAAGUUAUAAUAAAUUAACAUCAUUGCAUAAUUUUUACAAUAUCAUUGAUUAAAUUAUGAUUAAUUGUAAAUAAUUGUAAUGGAUUGAUUUAUCACAUAAUAUGAUUGAAAGUCUAGAUUAUGUAAUUAUUAUAUAUAUAUAUCCAGAAUUUUGCUGAUUUACCAAAUGUAAAAGCAUUAUACUUACAUGCAAAUAAAUUAAAAGAUAUUAUGGAAUUUGAUAAAUUACAAUGUUUAACAGAAUUAAGAACUUUAACUGUUCAUGGAAAUCCUUUUGAUGCCAUACCAAAUUUUAGAUUGUAUAUAAUUGGAUUGUUACCUACCAUUAAAAAAUUAGAUAGUGUUUUAAUAUCUAAAAAAGAAUUAGACAAUGCAAAUGUAUGGAGAAAUACAUUUAGAAUGAUUAAACCACCUAUAAUUAAAAUAUGAAACUUAAUCUCGAAAUUUUAAAUUACGAUAAUCCACUUUCUAACUUCUUAGUUAAAAUCAAGUAUGGCACUUAAGUUCAUUAAACUUCUGUAGGAAACAAUUGGAAUCAGAAGUUCACUCUUGAAAUGAAGAAAACUGUUGAUUUAAAAGUGGAAGUAUGGUAGAAAGAUCAAGAAUUUCAUUUGAUUGGAGAAUCCCUUGUUCCUAAAUCACAAUAGAUUCAUCAUCUUGAUAUUGUUGGACAAGGAAAAAAAGAAGGGGUUCUAGUAGUAGAAUACAAAGAAGUAGAACCUUAGAAUCUUAAACUCAACAAUAAGUUAGAAAAACCUUAAUCUUUAAUCAAAAGAUUGAAUGAAUCAUUAAGUGCAGAUGUUCAAAAUAAUUAUGGAAAUAUUUAAGAGUAUUUCACAUAAUAAUUUGAGAAUCAUGAAUUAAGUCAUUAAUCUAAAUAAACAGCUUAAAAUUUAACAAUGGAAUCAUUAGAAAAAGCUAUAAAAGGAUUAAAAAUUAAUGAGAAUCAAUAUCAUUUUGAUGAUUAUGAUCAAAAGAAUGUUAUUGAAUAAACUAAAAUUAAAGCUCUUUAGAAAGAACUCAUUAAAAAAGAUCUACAAAAAUAUGAGAAAAGUAGAAGAGAAGUUAAUUUAUAAAUACUUGAUUUAGAUGAUAUGGAUCUAAGAUUUGAAUAGUAAGAGCACAAACAAUAGAUUUUGAAUUUAAGAAAAGAACUUGUAUAAAAAUUAUUGUAUAUUGAAGAAAAAAUUGAACAUUUGAAAAGACAUUUAAAAUUGGAUUAAAUGAAUAAACAUGCAUCAUAAUCAAUUAUUAAUAGUAUAGCAGAAUUAAGUUAGAUUAGUAUGUAUAGAGAACCAAUUGUUAAACCUGAAGUGGAUCCUUAAAAGGAAUAAUAGAGAUAAGAAUUUAUUAAGAAAUAAAUGAAAGAAUGGAAUGAAUUAUAAGAAUAAAGAUUAAAGUAAAUAGAAAUUCAAAAGGAAAAAAUAUAAAAGACAGAAGAGAAAAUAAGAAAGUAAUAAGCACUAAUUUAAGAGGCUAAAACUAAGGAAAAGAGAGAGGAAAUAGAAUAAAGAUUAAAUAAGUUAAAGUAGAAAUAAAUAUAAAGAGAAUAAGAUUUAUAAGAAUAAAAUAAAAGAUAUUUGGAAAAAAAGAAAUAACAUUUACUUGCAGAAAAGUAUGCCUAAUAAGAUGCUGCAUAUAUUAUGUAAUUGUAAGAAAUUAGAAAAAAUAAAUUGAAAGAAAUGAAGAAUCCUGAAUUUGAUUUAUAGGAAAUUAUGUAAUUUGAAAAGAAAAUUAAAGAACUUAGAAAAGAAAAAGCAGCUGUUAGAUAAAAAGAAUGGGAUGAAAGAGAAAAAUAAUGGAAUAAAUUUUAGGCAUAAUAUUAUUCUUAAAGUUAUAAGAGGGCAAAACAAUGUUAUAAAGAAUAAGACUUAAAAAUUGAUGAAUCAAAACUUAGAGCUUAGGAAAGACUCAAUUUACAGAGAUCAUAUGAGAAUGAAGUGAAAUAAAGAUAUCAACCUCAUGUAUCUUAAGAAAAGAGAUAAGAAAUUGAAGAGAACAUAAGAAAACUUAAAUAUGAACCUGAUUUUAAAAAAUAUAGAGAAUUAUCUGAGAAAGUUAAGGAAAAACAUAUUUAUUUUGGAAUUGAAUAAAAAGAUUAAUCAGGAAAUAAGAAAGUGAAACUUAAGCCAUUAGAGAAUAUACCUACUCCUAUAUCACCUAGACGUAUAGGUGACUUCUAUUUAAAGGAACAUGCUACUUAUAAUAAGAAACAUAUUCCUCCUUUGGCAAGACCACCUGAACCACCUAAAUCAAGUUAAUCAGAAUAAAAAUUAGUUAUAAAGGAUUAUUUGAAAGAAUAGAGAAUUAAAAAGUAAUUAAUAGAAUAAUAAUCAGUAAUAAAUUUAAAUAUAAUAUUAGAUGAAAAAUAUGAACUAAACUUAAGGAUUGGAAAAUGAUGAUUAGAAGAUGAUUAUGCAAAUAAAAAAGUAAUUAGAAAAAUUGGAACAUAUUUGA